GCCACCAUCCUUUCUCUCGAGCCCUUGAAGCAAGCGUAGACUCUGCAACCACUACUCUAUGGAAAACACUCUGGACAUCUCGGAACCCCCUCAAGAACUACUCUCAUAUGAUGAAACGAUCUCAUACGAGGAACAACUUCCUACACAAGUGCCGAUCGAACCUGGUCGCCCCCAGCUCGCCGAUCGCAUUGGCAACACGAAAGUAUAUCUGCUCUCUGAGACGACUGGGACGCGGCUAGGAAAGCGGAAACAUGAUGAGGAAGCGAUAGAAGGGAAUGAAGAAGGGGAUGUUGAGAUGGAGGAAGACUCGCUUUACAGGGAGAACGCUAUCUUCAUUCGCGGGACGCCUGUAUCACACCUUCCUACCCCAAGUAUAUUCGCAUAUGCUACGCAUUUCGACGCCCACCCUAUGGCACUCGAGUGGAUCGAUGACACCACCUGCAUCCUCGUCUUUAACUCCAAGACAGCUGCGCGCGACGCGUUUCGUCACCUCACGAAGUCCAUAGCAGAGGAGCCUUCAGCAGAGGAUGGAUCAAUCACAGCGAAACCUAUACCGGUCGCUAUCUGGCCUCCGGAGGAGAGGAUCAACAAGAGCUUGGGUAAGGGCGAAGGGUUGAAGGGUACUAUACGAAUGCGGUGGGCCACUCGUCAGGAUGUCAAGAAGAGAGGGGCGAAGAAGGAGAGCGAAUUCUACCGAAAAUACGGGAGUAAAGCAGGAAAGAAUGCUGGUGAGGAAGGUUUAGGACAGGAGGGAGAGGAUGGGCGGCAAAGAAAGAGAAGAAGAGGAGACGAAGUUGACGAAGCCAUUCAAAAGUCUCAGCUGGACGAAGAACUCGACGCAUUCUUAAAUGAGGACGAAGAACCCCAAGCACCACCGUCGCCCCCGUCCAAGAUGCGUUCCGACUAUCUAGGGACCUCAGGAAAGUCUCUACUUGAGCGCACGUCGGUCAUGCGUGCACGACCAGAGGCGCUUGAAUCACGCAUGAUGGCCGAGAUUCCGCGGCGGGCGCGUUCACACAGGGAUAAUGGGCUUGAUGACGGAAGGAGGCGGUCGGGAGAGCGGUAUGGGCGACGGGACAGAGGUGGUGCACGCGAUCGUGGUCGAACGGGUGGAGAGCGACCCAGAAAGACACAGCAGGACCUCGAUGACGAGCUAGAUGCGUUCUUGAGAGAAAGAGAUUAGAGAAUGGAAUGUAUCGGAUCUCUUACGAUUGUAUUGAUGUUGUAGAACACUGUGGCCCCUCCCCGCUCAGUAUCGUGUAUCAUUGAAGUCAGAUGUUCUCUGCAUCGAUAAAUCAGAUUUUAAAACCAAG